GGUGAAGUAAAAUGGUGGCCACCUAGUUCAACAAAAAUACAAGGACCCCACAAAUCCUGUUAUCUGCGUCGCUAUUUGUAGUUAAUUCCGGCGGUUUUCCGUUCAUCUACCUCACCCAACUCGCUGCUUUCUCUCUCGUUCCCGUAGGCAAAUUCAAUGCCUAUUAGUAUUCUAGUUUUGUCGUAGCAUCCUGUCCCAUCACCCCAUUAGCAUUGGGCAAAACCCUAUACUCACUCUGUCACUCCAUCCCCUUGCUUCGUCAAUCUGCAGCUAAAUCUAUUCAAUCUCGAAACCGAGUGAAUCUGUUUUGGGUCACUGCGACUAAUCUCUCCCUACAAAAUCCAUUUCUUGAAUCCCACCAUUUCCCAUUUCAGAUCUAAAGCGGAACCGCAACUUUCCCAAAUGGAGAUCUGUACAAUAGACAAGCUCAAGGCUCAGCCUUUCUGGGUUAUCGUGCUGUUCACUUUGGGUUCUCUCUCGGUUCUGAAGUUCUCUCUCGCUUUCCUAAAAUGGGCCUACGUCAAUUUUCUCAGACCCGCUAAGAACCUCAAGAAAUAUGGGUCCUGGGCACUCGUUACAGGACCCACUGACGGUAUUGGCAAGGGUUUCGCCUUUCAGUUGGCCCGUAAAGGGCUUAAUCUCAUCCUGGUUGGUCGGAAUCCUGACAAGCUCAAAGAUGUUUCGAACUCGAUUCAAACCAAGUAUGGUAAGACCCAAAUCAAGACCGUUGUUGUAGAUUUCUCCGGUGGUAUUUCUGACGGUAUUCAGAGGAUUAGGGAAUCCAUUGAAGGGUUGGAUGUUGGGGUUUUGAUCAACAACGUUGGUAUAUCGUACCCCUAUGCCAGGUUUUUCCAUGAAGUGGAUGAGGAGUUGCUGAAGAAUUUGAUUAAAAUCAAUGUUGAAGGUACUACAAAGGUUACUCAGGCCGUUUUGCCUGGGAUGCUCCAGAGGAAGAGAGGUGCAAUUGUCAAUAUUGGCUCUGGGGCUGCCAUUGUUAUUCCGUCGGAUCCUCUUUAUGCUGUUUAUGCAGCCACGAAAGCGUAUAUUGAUCAAUUCUCGAGGUGUCUCUAUGUUGAAUACAAGAAAAGUGGGAUCGACGUGCAGUGUCAGGUUCCGCUGUACGUGGCGACUAAGAUGGCAUCAAUCAAGAGGUCCUCCUUCUUUGUUCCAUCAACAGAUGGAUAUGCCCGAGCUGGUAUACGCUGGAUAGGUUAUGAGCCCCGUUGCACGCCUUACUGGCCCCAUACCCUCCUCUGGGCAUUGGCCAACUCAUUGCCUGAGUCUGUUGUUGAUGCAUGGCGCCUGAGGUUUUGCCUUGGAAUUCGUAAGAGAGGGCAACUAAAGGACUCCAGGAAGAAGGAAUAGGCUCUUGCUCUAGUUGUUGUGAGGAGGGAUGGCUACUUUGAUAAGUGAAGACCAUAAAAACACUUGAGUCGGAGCGAUAAUGACAAUUCUAGUUACAUUAAUGUUGAUCAUUACUAAUGUUAGCCAUAAAAACACUUGAGAAGACCGGAUGCAUGCUUAGAGUUUACGUUUCAGUUUCGUUGGAGUUA